AUGUCAAUACAACCCACACGGAUUACAAUUAAACGGUCUUCAACCAAGCCUCCAGAAGCUGAUGAAUUACAAGAAUGGGAAAAUCAUUUAGUUUUGAGGGUUCCUGAAGAUUGUGUAGAUAAGAUGAAUAAAAUUGUAAAUGACGAACCUGGGAAGGAAGAGCUUGGAAUUUUGUUCAUGAAUGAUAUGCGACAUGCACAAAUACGAUUAGGGAACAAGAUUUUGAGCGGGAAACUACUUGAUCUUCCUUGUAUUAAUGAGGUCCAUAAAACGUUAGAUAAAAAGAAUGUGUAUAAAGUAGCCGAUGUUUCACAAAUAUUAAUAUGCAGUCAUGAUCCAGUUCCGUCGAGUCGGGCGGUAUCUCAACCAUCAACAUCUUCAAUUUCGAUGGAAUCGAUGCUCGGUGAGCAAAAUGAUCCGAAAUCGGCGAAGAAGGAAAUGAAACAAUGGCAAUAUCCGCACGGAUUGACAGCUCCAAUGAAAAGUGCGAGAAGGAGGAGGUUCCGAAAAACGAAGAAGAAAAAGUAUAUGGAUGCUCCCGAAGUCGAAAAGGAGCUCAAGCGAUUAUUAAGAGCUGAUUUGGAAGCCGACAGUGUUCGAUGGGAAAUCGUUGAAGACAAGAAAAAAGAGCCGCCGAGCAAUAUAACUGCUCCGGUCACCGACACAGCUCUAUUUGGUGAUACUGUAUCAUCGAGCGAUGAGGAAGGCGAGGAAGUCGUUGACGUAAAGGAUGAUAAAGAUGAUUAG